GGUGGCCAAAGUCCCACCACGGUGGCGGUCUCGGCCCCUACCCCGGCUUCUCGCUGCACCGGAGCUGUCCGCCGGCGGCUGCUGACGGGCGGGCGGAGGAGAGGGGCUGGGCGGGAAGGCGGCGGCCCCGGGGAGGCAGGAGCCCCCGCCCGGGCAGCCGGGACCGCUUACAGCGGGCAGGUGAAGCAGCCCGGCGCCCUCGGUCCCGGGAGGAUCUGGUGAUCCCGUCCCUUCUGCGGCCUGUGCCCAGGCAUCUCUGCUUGCGAAGGACACACCUGGUCUUCAGGUCCAGAAGCAGCAUCUUAAAUUGGAUGAACCUUCGGGAUGCUGAAACAGGGAAAAUCCUCUGGCAAGGAACAGAAGAUCUCUCUGUACCUGGAGUGGAGCAUGAAGCUCGAGUUCCCAAAAAAAUCCUGAAAUGCAAAGCAGUGUCUCGGGAGUUAAACUUUUCCUCAGCAGAACAAAUGGAGAAAUUCCGACUGGAACAGAAAGUUUAUUUCAAAGGGCAGUGUCUAGAAGAAUGGUUCUUUGAAUUCGGUUUUGUGAUUCCUAACUCCACAAACACUUGGCAGUCCUUGAUAGAGGCAGCACCUGAAUCACAGAUGAUGCCAGCUAACGUUUUAACUGGUAAUGUUAUUAUAGAAACCAAAUUCUAUGACGACGAUCUUCUCGUAAGCACUUCCAGAGUGAGACUUUUCUACGUUUGAGAUGGGGCUUUUUGGAGCUGUUUUAGUUUUCCUCCACACAGUUCUUGGUGCAGAACCCCCCUGACUAUCCAGUGGAAGACACUCCUGUAGGCGGUGACCCUGGGGACCAGCUCAACGUGGGUUGUGACCUUUGCCCAUCAGUUAUUUUGCUUUCUCCUCUGACAAGACCAGACCAAAUCCUCAGAGACAGGACCAUCUGCUCAGCGAUGCACUGGGGAAUAGAGGCUGUCUCUGAACACAGGCAAACGAUGGUCAUGCAGAACCAAUACUGUAAAUUACGUUAGUCUCAUCCUUUGUACUUCUCUGGAUCUUGGUAUAAUCUCCCAUUCCACUCACACCAAACUCUCAAUGCGUUUCAUCUUUGACGGAUUACGUUAACCUUUUCAUUUUUCUCACGUUGUAGGUUUUUAUCCUUUUACUGGAUUUCUGUGUAACUGGUCCACAUAUCCUCUUACCCCGAACUUGUAAAAUAGACUGUGAUAUCACCUAAUGUAAUUAAAACAAAUUUCUCAAUUAAAACAUUCCUACUGUCCAAAGAAGGGAAGAAA